GCGUCAUCAACAUGUGACCAGGGUUUUGGCGCUGUGAAAAGCAUCAUGAUAUGAAGUUUCUGUUUUUGUUAUUGUGCAUUAAUUUGAUAGCGACAUUUGACUAACAGUAAGAUGAUACACGAGCUACUGCUGGCAUUGAGUGGGUAUCCUGGGACCAUAUUCACCUGGAAUAAACGGAAUGGAUUGCAGGUUUCCCAGGACCUGCCGUUCCUCCACCCCAGUGAAACCUGUGUCCUCAAUCGACUCUGCAAAAUGGGCACUGACUAUGUGCGUUUCACAGAAUUCAUAGAGCAACACACAGGUCACGUCCACCAACAGGAGCACUAUUCCACCCAACCGACUCAGUCUGGGCUUUAUGGCAUUUACCUGCGGGCAUUCUGCACUGGACUGAACUCUAUGCUGCAGCCUUAUCGACAAGCUUUACUGGAUCUUGAAAAAGAGUUUCUCGGUGAUCCACACCUCUCCAUUUCUCAUGUGAACUACAUGCUGGAGCAGUUUCAGCUUCUCUUCCCGUCUGCGAUGGUUGUUGUGGAAACCAUCAAAUCCCAAAAGAUUCACGGCUGCCAGAUCCUAGAGACGGUUUACAAGCACAGCUGUGGAGGUUUGCCUCCUGUCAGAAUGGCCUUAGAGAAGAUUCUUGCAGUGUGUCACGGUGUGAUGUAUAAACAGCUGGCUGCAUGGAUGCUGCACGGGCUGCUGCUGGAUAAGAGUGAGGAGUUCUUCAUUAAGCAGGGCCCCAGUGCGGGCGGGGCCGCAGCAUCUCAGGAGGAGGAGGAAGAAGACCUGGGUAUAGGUGGACUGAGUGGAAAACAGCUCCGGGAACUGCAGGACCUGAGGUUGAUUGAGGAAGAAAACAUGCUCGCUCCCUCCCUGCAACAGUUCUCCCUGCGUGUCGAGAUGCUUCCCUCAUACAUCCCGGUCCGGGUAGCUGAAAAAAUCCUCUUUGUUGGCGAGUCGGUACAAAUGUUUGAGAAUCACAAUCAGAGCCCGUCCCGAGCCGGGUCCAUACUGAAGCAUCAGGAGGACAUGUUUGCUGCAGAGCUUCAUAGACUCAAACAGCAGCCUCUUUUCAGUCUGGUGGACUUCGAGAAUCUUGUUGAUGGCAUUCGGAGCACAGUCGCUGAGCAUUUAUGGACAUUAAUGGUGGAAGAAUCUGAUCUCUUGGGACAGCUCAAGAUCAUAAAGGACUUUUACUUGUUGGGUCGUGGUGAAUUGUACCAGGCUUUUAUUGACCUUGCUCAGCAUAUGCUUAAAACCCCACCAUCGGCUGUUACUGAACAUGAUGUCAAUGUGGCCUUUCAACAAGCAGCUCACAAAGUUCUGCUCGACGAUGACAAUCUUUUGCCCCUCCUGCACCUCACCAUAGACUACCAAGGAAAAGAAGGCAAAGAGGCUUCUGGGAAUCGAGAGGGCACCACUCCUCCACAGGAGACUUCUCCUCGUGAGGCUCCGCCUACUGGUUGGGCAGCGCUGGGAUUGGGUUACAAGGUUCAAUGGCCCCUGCAUAUUCUUUUCACUCCUGCCGUGUUGGAAAAGUAUAAUGUGGUGUUCCGUUAUCUGUUGAGUGUCCGUCGAGUCCAGUCUGAGCUGCAGCACUGCUGGGCUUUACAGAUGCAGCGCAAGCAUCUCAAAUCAAACCAGAUGGAUGCCGUCAAAUGCAGACUCCGCAAUCAUAUGGCCUUCUUAGUGGACAAUCUUCAAUAUUACCUGCAGGUGGAUGUUUUGGAGUCCCAGUUUUCACAGCUCUUACAACAAAUCAACUCCACACGAGACUUUGAGAGCAUACGAUUGGCCCAUGACCAUUUUCUCAGCAAUUUACUCGCCCAGUCUUUCAUUCUGCUCAAGCCUGUGUUUCACUGUUUAAAUGAAAUUCUGGAUCUCUGUCACAACUUCUGUUCCCUGGUCAGUCAGAACGCUGGUCCUCUGGAAGAAAGAGGAGCAGGCCAGCUGGAUAUUCUGGUUAAGGGUUUCAGUCGUCAGUCUUUCCUGCUCUUCAAGAUUCUUUCCAGUGUGCGUAACCACCAGAUAAACUCUGACCUGGCUCAGCUCCUGUUACGACUAGACUACAACAAAUACUACACCCAGGCAGGAGGCACGCUGGGAAGUUUUGGGCUAUAGAGCAGAGUUUGAAGAUCUCAGAUGCACACCUUUCACAAUUGUCCAUUUCAGAUUAUUAAAAGCAAUUGUAUAAUACAGUAUUUGUCAGUUUGUACAUUCAAUUGUUAAUUUAUGUUAUGCUUAUGUGUCUAUAUCACAGUUUGUUUCUUGACUUUGACAAUGAAUUGUAUAUACUGCAACGGUAAAAAUAUAUGGAAAUG